AGGGUAAUUCAUCAUGAGUCCCAACAACCUCAACCUCGACCCAACUCCCCUCUCCAGCCUCCGAAUCUCCAAACACCAAAUCCCAGCCCACGACCUCAUCCCCAACUCCUCUCUCCAGUCAAAGCCCCUCAUCAUCUACCACUCCGCAUUCUCCCCUACACAAGCCUCGCCAGACAAGAUCGAAUCCCAUCUCCUCAGAAUCGGCGUCGUCACCCCUCAAUGGCGCUACACCAUGUAUAACACCACGCACUUCCACAGUACGACUCACGAGGUCCUGUGCGUCACAGCCGGUCGUGCCAAGCUGUGUUUUGGAGGCGAGUGCAAUCCCGGGCGCGUUGAGCCGGUCGUCAAGAGAGGAGACGUCAUCAUCGUUCCAGCUGGCGUCAGCCAUCGUCUGCUGGAAGACAAAGAUCGCGAUCCGUUCCUCAUGGUCGGAAGCUAUCCUAAUGGCAACAACUGGGACAUGUGCUACGGUAAACAUGGCGAGGAGUCAAUGAUCAACAAUAUCAAGAAUUUGCCGUGGUUUAGUAAAGACCCCAUCUACGGUGAUGAGGGUCCUGUACUAGACGCAUGAUUCUAUAACACCAGGCAAGAACAUAUAAGUUGCUGGCUCUUGAUCAAAUUGUUCCAAAAAUAAGCACAUAGCAUAGCGAAACAUCUUAUGAAGAGGAUAAAAUGAGAAGCGAUCCACCGCAACCAGAGUUUAUACCAUAACUUUACCUCGAAUUCG